UGAAAACCCUUAAAAGGCACGUCCAAACACCCCAUAUGUGUCGAUGCAAAACCAACUCACAAUGAAACCUCACAAUUUGAGCACAAGACGAAGAUAUUGAUCAUACCAUCUUGUGCGCAUCAAACCAUUCGGAGCGUCGGAGAAGAAAAGCAACCCACAGUUAUGGCGGACGACGAUGACGACGACUCUUUCGGUGAAUUCACAUUCGCCUCUAACCAGCCGACGCCUAAUUCCUCCUCUCAGAUUCCAGCCACCACCGGCGACGACGACGAUUGGGGGGAUUUCAAUUUUGUCGGAAACAACGCAACAGAUCACAAUCUUAAUUCUCCACAGCCGCAGCCACAGAUACAGACAACGCCAAAGUGGGAAAAGAUAAAAGGAGCUUUGCCGCUAUCUCUAUUUGGAGGUGAAGAAGAGGAGGAGGAGGAAGAUAAGAAACCGGUUAUGCCUGUGGCAGGAAAUGAUGUUAAGCAAUCAUCUUUUCCUGGUAAUAGUGGUUUUCCAUCCAAUAACAAUAAUGAUAAAAGUAAUGCUAAUCUGGGUAUCAAUGACCUGAUCGCGGAUCUUUAUGGUCCGAGACAGCAGCAGAUGGCCACAAAGGCGGCCGAUAAUGGCAAUGGAUUGGACUCUACUGCAAGAAGUUCAUCUGUAUACAAGGAUCCCCUUUCAAAAUCGGAAUCCUUGAGUUCUUUUAGCUUUCAUUCAGUUGCCACAAAGGCGGCCGAUAAUGGCAAUGGAUUGAACUAUACUGCAAGAAAUUUAGCUGUAUCCAAGGAUCCUUUUUCAAAAUCGGAAUCCUUGAGUUCUUUUAGCUUUCAUUCAGUUGGUGCUUCUGGGUAUCAUGGAUCUGAUGAUGAAGGCGGCUGGGAAUUCAUGGAUGCUUACUCAGAGUCCAAGUUAGCGCAAAAUGGGAAGGAUAAUAAGGAACGUUCUGAGAAGACUGUGUCUCCUCCAAGUCUACAAGAUGGCUCACAUGGGCCUAAUGAUCCGUUAGGAACACCAAACAAUGGUUCGCAUAGGCCUAAUGAUCUAUUUGGAGCACCAAACAAUGGAGUUUUUGUUGAAUCUCAUGUAACUGAUAGUGGAUUCAACUCCAAGCCAAUCACAAACAUUCAGAAUGGCUUUGCAGCUGACAUAAAAGCUAAUUCCAAAGAUACCACAAAUGAGUUAAAUUCAAAUCCACUAGGUAGGAGUGUUGAUAGUUUUGGGGAGUUUGAGGCUGCAUUUAUGGAACAACCAUCAAAGAAGAAGGAAGUAUCCGAUGAUCUAUUUUCAUUUCCAAAUGGACUUAAUGAUGAUUCACACAAGGAGAAGAACAAUGGAUUUGAUUUCAGACAAAGUCCAGUGGCUCAAAACAUUGUCUCCUCAGUGUCAUUCUCUCAAACUGAGUCAAACAAAAGUAAAAAUGCCACAGUGUCACAACCUUCUGUUGAGGGUAAUGAUGAUGAAAAUGUUGGGAAAUCUGAGAUAUCAUUUCAAGAAGCUGGAUCAAAGCCACAGGGAUCCGAGCCAAGUCCAAAGAAUUAUAAACAACCUGUGCCACUUUCCAUUUUUGGCAUUGAAGAGGAAACUGAAGUUGAUAAUUCCUUAAAUCUUGAGCAUGAAUUGUUUAAAUCAUCAUCAUCACAUGGGAAACACAUGCGUACUCUUAGCUCAAAUUUAUCAAUAAAUGAUAUUUUAUCCGAUUUGUACAGCCAAUCAGAGCCAAUCAGUUCUAAUGUAGUGAAUAAUGAUGAUGAUGAUGAUGAUGAUGAUGAUGAUGGUGAUGAUAUUUUUGAUGAUGGUUCAUGGGAAUUCAAGGAUGCUUCCUCUCAAUCAAAACCUCAAAAUCAGAAUUUAUCAUUUAAAGAGAAACUAAACAAUUUCAUUGAUUUAUAUUCCAAUUUAAAGGAUGAGUUAUGUUUUGUUGCAAGACACCAUCUUCAUGGUCUAAAGAAAGCUCAAAUCACUGCUACUCUUGCUGGUGAAGAGAUGAAAGUGGCUGCUCUCGAUAAACAAAUUCAGGAGGCCUUUGAGAAGCUUCACCAAAAAGAUAUAAUAUCCACAGAAGUCCAUGAAGAUGAUGACGUGGCACGAGUUAUUUCUUUAAACCAAUAUAUCAAAACUCUCCAUGAGCCACAUUUUCUAAUAUUCGACUCAGAAUAUAACAUAUCAAGAAGAUUGCCAUUAGCAGAAUCAGAUUUGCAAACAGCCAUUGACCUCAUCAACCACAUUACAAGAGUGUUGAAAAUUAUAAAAUUAGCUCCAAAGGGCGAAGCAUGUAAUUAUGUCACUCAAUGGUUUAAGGUGAUUCAAGUAUGCUCUCAAGAACUCAAACAUGCCACAUGGAUUUGGAAUCAAUCAUUACAAAAGAACAUCAAUCAUCAAAUACUCUCUCAACAACAAGGUAAACAGUUUGUGAAUGCCAUUGGAGAGAUUUAUAGAGUGGUGGUGAUAUUAGGAGCAGCAGUCAAGUUUUACAAACCGUGGAUACUGUUAAAUGGUGUAAAUUUAGAGGGGCUUUAUGGUCUUUUAGCAGAAUGUGACUCUCUGUGGUCAACUUCAGGGCUUGAGGAGGUUAUAUCUGUUGACUCUUUAUCAGAGUCCAUUAGUCAUAUUCGAAAUCUUGAUGAAUUUUCAAUUGUCAAUCUUGAUGAAGAGGAAUCUCAAUGCCAGCUGUCACUUUUAUCACCACGAAUAGUCCCAGAAAUGAAGAUGGUGAUAUGGAAUGGAGAUGCAUAUUUUGUAACACUUGCAAAUUUAUGGGCGAAUUUAAUCAGCCCUGAUCCUCCAAAGUUGACAUAAAUGGUGUUCUUCAAUAUGAACAAGGUGUGUAGAUGAUGUGUGUUAUUUAAGGGUAAAUAGAUUAGUUAUUGUUUGAUGAUUUUGCAGCUUGUUGUGGACUAUAUAAUAAUAUAUAUAGUUUUGCAGCCAUUGUAUGUUUUGGAAA